AAGCCUCAAAGCUCUCAAAACUUUCACGACGAUAAUCUUCAUUUUCAAUCUUUCUUUGUUUCUUUUUAUCUUUUCCUCUCUUUCUCUCUCUGGCUGGCUCGCUUUCAGCGCGUGUCGGUGUACAGAUCUUGCGCACUAUACGCUCUUCUUUCUCUCUCCACAGUGUGCUUUCUUCAUUUACUCAUUCAGCUGCACCUAAUCGUGGUUGCCUUUUCUCUUGGUGGAAGCUUGCGUUUGGGUUUUGUGAACGCAGAUCUUGGGGGGGGGGGUGUGAAAAUGAGAUAGUUCUCGUUUCUUCUGGGUUGGAGCCUGGUCGCUUUUUGAUUGUGGUUGGUGGUGGUGGCUGCUGGUUGGUGGUGCGGGCGGUACUAUUGAGAAUUGGAGAGGGAAGGUGCAUGUGGGAUUUCAUUUGGAUUCUAUGUUUCGUGAAGGAUUUGGGGAAGAGAAUCCGCUGGGAUUGUGGACUUGUGAUCCGGAGCAGGGGUAGGUGGGGCAAAUGUGGUUGAGUUUUGGGGAGAAUUGAGACCUCGGCGUUUUUAUUUUGUGAGUUUGUAUCUCUAAUCUUAACUCCAUAGGACGGUUUUGGAGACUGUUUUGGCGUCGCCACAAAAUGCAGCCAGAUCAAAGAAAAAAGAGUUCAACAGAGAUUGAAUUUUUCUCUGAAUAUGGUGAUGCCAACAGAUAUAAAAUUCAAGAAGUCAUUGGAAAAGGAAGUUAUGGCGUUGUUUGUUCAGCAAUUGACACUCACACCAGUGAGAAAGUGGCAAUAAAGAAGAUACAUGACAUCUUUGAGCACAUCUCUGAUGCUGCCCGUAUUCUUCGUGAGAUAAAGCUGCUCAGACUUCUUCGGCAUCCAGAUAUUGUUGAAAUUAAACACAUCAUGCUGCCUCCUUCUAGCAAGGACUUUAAGGAUAUUUAUGUUGUUUUUGAGCUUAUGGAGUCUGAUCUUCACCAAGUCAUUAAAGCUAAUGAUGACUUAACGAAAGAGCACUAUCAGUUUUUUCUUUACCAGCUACUUCGAGCAUUGAAGUAUAUUCACACUGCAAACGUCUAUCAUCGAGAUCUGAAACCAAAGAAUAUAUUGGCCAAUGCAAAUUGUAAACUCAAAAUCUGUGAUUUUGGGUUAGCUAGAGUUGCCUUCAGUGACUCACCAACUACUAUAUUUUGGACGGAUUAUGUUGCCACAAGAUGGUAUAGAGCUCCAGAGCUUUGUGGAUCAUUUUACUCAAAGUAUACACCAGCAAUUGAUAUCUGGAGUAUAGGUUGCAUCUUUGCAGAAGUACUUACAGGAAAACCACUUUUUCCUGGUAAAAAUGUCGUCCAUCAGUUGGAUCUGAUGACUGAUUUGCUUGGGACUCCCUCACUGGAUACAAUAUCUCGGGUUCGUAAUGAUAAGGCGAGGAGAUAUCUGACUAGCAUGAGGAAAAAGCAACCUGUGCCAUUUUCACAAAAAUUUCCUAAUGCAGAUCCUUUAGCUCUACGAUUACUGGAAAGAUUGCUUGCUUUUGAUCCGAAAGACCGGCCUACUGCUGAAGAGGCAUUGGCUGAUCCUUACUUUAAGGGAUUGGCAAAGGUUGAGAGGGAACCGUCCUGCCAGCCUAUCAGUAAAAUGGAGUUUGAGUUUGAAAGGCGAAGAGUUACAAAGGAGGAAAUACGAGAGCUAAUUUUCCGUGAGAUUUUGGAGUAUCAUCCGCAACUGUUGAAGGACUACAUAAAUGGAACAGAGAGACCUAAUUUUCUUUAUCCGAGUGCUGUUGAUCACUUCAGGAAGCAAUUUGUUCAUCUUGAGGAAAAUAGUGGUAAAAAUGGCCCCAUGCCUCUUGAAAGAAAGCACGUUUCUCUUCCAAGGUCAACGGUUGUGCAUUCAAAUAUGGUUGUACCAAAAGAGCAAUCGGAUAUCAAUUCCGGCAAGAACAGGCAAACAUCUGAGGAAUAUAAUAAGAAUCCCAGAGAUACAGAAAUUUCUGUUACAAGGUCAAUGCAGGGGCAGCUGAGAGUCCCAAUGGCAAAACCCGGAAAAGUAGUUGGACCAGUUGUUCCUUACGAGUACGCGAGUGUGGUCAAGGACUCUUAUGAUCCAAGGACAUUUAUCAGAGGUUCUAUGCUUCCUUCUCAAGCUGUUCACCCUACUUAUUAUUACCACAGAUCGAGCUCUGGAAAUCAAGAAAGGUCAGCUACAACAGAGUCUGAUAAGGGUGUAUCCGUGCAAGCCAAACACGCGCAUUCUGAAGUUCGUGCCAAAAUAGCUCCAGAUAUAGCUAUUAAUAUUGAUACAAACCCUUUUUUUAUGACACGGGCAGGAGUGAACGGCAUCGAACAGGAUGAUCGAAUAGCUAUGGAUACGAAUCUAAUACCAACGAAGGCUCAAUAUGGUCGGAUUGGUGCCACCACAACGGCAACUACUGGUCAUAGAAAGGUUGGUCCUGUUCAGUAUGGCAUGACUGGUAUGUUUUAGGAGUUAUCACCUGGAUAUUUUGGCCAAUGAAGGAGAAAUCGUUGUAGAGAAAGGCCCUUUAUGGGAGAAGGCACGUGGGUCUCUCGUAGGUUCUGUAAAAUAAGGGUGAGCGAGGCCGUGAGGCAGUCAUUCCCUUCGAAGAGCCUGCUUUCUCUGGUCAAGAGAUGCUUUAGACUUUGGUAAGAAGGUGUAUAAUUGGAAUUAACUUCUACUUAUUGAGAUCCUCUUUCA